AUGGCGAAAAGGGCGCACCAGGAAGAGUGUGAGGAGUCGCUGUGUGGCUCAGCGCGGCACCGCCCCGAGCCGCUCGGGGCUUUAGCGCGCUCCACCAGGUUCACCAGGCACGAGAUCAAGCUCAUGUACCGCGGGUUCAAACAGGAGUGCCCGUCGGGGGUGGUGGACGAAGACGCCUUCAAACACAUCUUCUCACAGUUUUUCCCGCUUGGAGAUGCAACUCAGUACGCGCAUUACGUGUUCAACACGAUCAAACACAAGCAAAGCGGGAAAGUUAACUUCGAGGAGUUCCUUGAGAUCCUGUCCCGAGUGGCGCGUGGCUCAGUCCAAGAGAAGCUGUCCUGGAUGUUCGCUUUAUACGACGUUGACGGAGACGGCCGCAUCUCCCGAGCGGAGAUGCAAGCCGUCGUGCAAGCCAUUUACGAGCUGCUGGGGCGAGCGGCAGCGCCCCCGGUGCAUAGUGGGGCCGCCAAAGACCACGUUGACAGGAUAUUCACGCUGAUGGACACGAACGCCGACGGGGUGGUGACUCCGGACGAGCUGGCGCGCUGGUGCAGCCGGGACCCCGCGCUGCUGCGGUCGUUGGACGCGCUGGACACGGUUUUGUGAUGG